GCGCAAACGGGUUUCAAAACUUCCUGCCUGGUCGGUCACAGGUGGCCAGACUCGGCCCCCGAGGAAUGUCUCUGUCAGCAUCCCAGCGCGCACUCACGCCCUUAGGGAGGUUUUCGUUCGAAAUCCCACGCGAAUGUAACUCGUCCCCUCUUUUCUGUUAGUCGUUGGGGGUCUGGAGUCAGAUAGCCGGAGUGGGAGUGGGCGAGCCCAGCACGGUUUUAAAACAAAACGUCUUGGGUUUUGGCUGUGUAGAAUGGUUAACUCUGCGAGCAGCGUAGAAGGAUAGAUCUUCUGAGGGACGAAAGGAGUAUUUUUCUUUUUUUUUUCUUGAAGACCUUGAGAGGCUGUGAAUGUGGACCGAGGUAAACUGGGCUGAAGAUGGGAAGUAUUAGAAAUGGAAGAGGUCAACGGAAACAGUACCCCAUGCUUGAGAGAUGAGCCCAGAAGGAGCUGUAGGCACAUGGAACACCUGCACAAACACUGGAUUUUUGUCCUGCAACAUCUCAAAGAGUCAACAUAGGAAGACCGAUGGGGCCCGACAAAAUAGUAGUGGCAAGUGAGCAAUAAAGCUUCCUUCGUCUGUAAGAAAGCAAAAAUGGAAUGCCUUAGGAUUAAAGCUGGCAGUGACGGAGAAAGAUCUAGUACAGAGGAAAGUGCUUGGAAAAGAGAAAAUAUUUGGGGGUUGGUGCUAUGAAGAUGGAGGCUGUGUCGUAUCUGCCAUUAUUGAAGUUGCAGCUUCCUGUACCAAAUGAAGUGUCAUCUGGAAGUGUGGCAGCUUGCUCAAAGCACAGCUGGCCCAGCUGAGAUUAGAGCACUUUAGUCUGUGGUAAUCUAAUAAGCAUAGCACCAGGAACUCCGAACACUCAGGAGACUAAGAACAGAAGGGAAAGGUUUCAGAGGGAGGUUGCUAAAGUGGUAUUAAGAAAAGACAAAAGCUUUAGUGUGUCCCACUGUAGCGAGAACAUUAGUAAAUGGCUAAGUCGUGUUGGGGUUAGGAGGCCAACGGUCCAGAGACUGCAGAGGCACAGUCACUAGGCCGAUGAAGAGGCUGAAGAACAGAUUCUGCGGAAAGAAGCAGGCUGUGAGCUGAGGGAAGGCAGAGGACAGAUAUGAACGUGUUCCGAAGGUUUCCUGGUGGUUUAUGGCAUCCUCCAAAGUCCUGUCUGAGAGCUGCUCCUGACCAAGAAGACCUACAGAGACUGUCUCUGAGAUCAAGUCCUGAUGAAGAACUAAGAGGAACAGAGUGACUAUGGUCUUUGCUCACAGAAUGGAUAACGACCAACCACCUGUGCUUGCUGCCACCCUGCUGGUGCCCCUUCAGAACCACAGCUUCGUGGAAGCAGCUGAGGCCCUGCUGCCCCAUGGCCUGAUGGGAUUCCCUGAGGAGCAUGGCUGGAUGAACAACAGGACAGACCUUCAGUAUGCACUCAACCCUGGAGAGGUGGCCACAGCCAGCAUUUUCUUCGGCGCUCUGUGGUUGUUCUCUAUCUUUGGCAAUUCCCUGGUGUGUCUGGUCAUCCACAGGAGCCGGAGGACUCAGUCCACCACCAACUACUUUGUGGUCUCCAUGGCAUGUGCCGACCUUCUCAUCAGCGUGGCCAGCACACCCUUUGUUGUGCUGCAGUUCACCACUGGGAGGUGGACCCUCGGCAGCGCCAUGUGUAAGGUGGCUCGCUACUUCCAGUACCUCACUCCAGGCGUCCAGAUGUACGUGCUGCUCUCCAUCUGCAUAGACCGCUUCUACACCGUCGUCUAUCCCCUGAGCUUCAAGGUGUCCAGAGAGAAGGCCAAGAAGAUGAUCGCCGCCUCCUGGAUCUUACACGCAGCCUUCCUGACUCCUGUCUUCUUUUUCUAUGGCUCCAACUGGGACAGCCAUUGUAACUACUUCCUCCCUCCCUCCUGGGAGGGAACUGCCUACACGGUCAUCCACUUCUUGGUGGGCUUUGUCAUUCCCUCCGUCCUCAUAAUCUUAUUUUACCAGAAGGUCAUAAAGUAUAUCUGGAGAAUAGGCACUGAUGGGCGGACCCUGAGGAGGACGAUGAACAUUGUCCCCAGGACAAAGGUGAAAACGGUCAAGAUGUUUCUCCUCCUGAAUGUGGUGUUUCUGUUCUCCUGGCUGCCUUUCCACGUGGCUCAGCUCUGGCACCCGCAUGAGCAAGACUACAAGAAGAGCUCCCUUGUCUUCACAGCGGUCACGUGGGUAUCCUUUAGCUCUUCAGCCUCGAAACCCACUCUCUACUCCAUUUAUAAUGCCAAUUUUCGGAGAGGGAUGAAAGAGACUUUCUGCAUGUCCUCGAUGAAGUGUUACCGCAGCAAUGCCUACACCAUCACAACCAGUUCAAGGAUGGCCAAAAGAAACUAUGUUGGCAUUUCGGAAAUCCCUCCCAUGAGCAGGACGAUAACCAAAGACUCCAUCUAUGACUCAUUUGACCGAGAGGCCAGGGAAAAGAAGCUUGCCUGGCCCAUCAAUUCAAACCCACCAAACACUUUUGUCUGAUUUCUAAGAAUUCCUUCACUGUUAUGUGCCAGAGAUUAAAAGGCUUUAAAUAUAAAAAAGGAGUUUUACUUAGUUUUCACUCAACUGUUUUGUAAAGUGCUUCCAUGGUUGACUGGUUUCUGUUCUAGUUGCUUUUUGCUGGUCAGUAAUGCUCACACCAUCAGAUGCCCAUGAGAAGUUCUUUCCUGGAGAAAUGGCUCAGUGGUUAAGAGCACUGGUUGGUCUUUUGAGGACCCAAAUUCAAACCCCAGCACCCACACAGCAGCUCACAGCCACCAUUAGUUCCAGUUUCAGGGGAUUCAGUGACCACUUUUGGCCUCUCUGGAUUCUACACACUUGUGGUACACAGGCAUUUAUGCAGACAGAACACCUGUGCACAUAAAAGUAAAAACAAAAAUGUGUUUGUU